AGUGGCGCUGUCAAACUCAUUGAGGCAACAACAAAAGCAAGUGGGAAUAGCCGAAAUAAAUAAUAGAAGCGUAUAUAAAAAGCAACAUUUUUCAGUUCCGAUUUUUUGCUGAACGAGUAGGCAAAAAACAAACACACAAAAAACAAAAUAUAGAUAAAUACGACGUAUACGUAAUAUAUAAAAGUGUAAAUACGGGUGUGCGAAUGGGUGAGCUAGCUUUUAUGUUAUUUUUAUAGACUUUUGUUUGGCAAAUUUGGCGACAGCGAGCAAAGUGCAUAGUGUGCAUACAUAUGUAUAAUAAAGCAAAAACAUUGUAAGAAAGCGCGACCAAGCAGUGCAAAGUGGACAGAUCAUUGUGUAAUUCACGCCAAACAUAUUCAGAUUUGAGAAGAGAAACCACUAUACAAAAUACGGCGUUAAGAAGCAGCCAAAAACAAAAACACAAGUCGGAUCAAAUGGCAAGCACAGUUCGGCAUUGUCGCCAUACGAGUCUCUGCCGUUGUUUGCGUCACAACAAUCAUCAGCUGCCGCAGUUGCUGUUGCCUCCGUUGCUGUUGCAGUUGCAAUUGAUAUGCCAUAGCAGCUGCCACUAGGGCUGCAGCACAAUGCCAAGUGCCCACUACUUUCCACUAGAGCUGCGCGCAUCCGACGACGACCAAGAUUGUGAAGAGCAGGAGCAGCUGGUAGACACUGAUCACAGAUCAUCUAUGCUCAGCAACCAGUACAACCUACACUAUCAUCCACAACUCGCUGACUACGAUAACAACAAUAGGACUCCAGAAUUGGGCAUGGGCAUGGCACCUCGCCUGAGUCGCCCUGGGCCGAGUAGACGUCGCUACUGGCUGCCAAUCUUGAUUAUUGCGUCUUUCUGUGUGAUCUUCUACUUAAUGUUCAGCUCACAGGCACUGGGACUGGGCGGAAGCUUUAAUGAUGGAGACGAUGACUUCGAGCCGCACAGUGGUCAAGGUAAGCGAUGGGUGCCUUUUCCAUAUCAAGUCUCUGAAUUCAAGUUCCUUACGAAUAAGCCCAAGAAUGAGAAUCAAAAUAGUUCAAGUUCACACGCGUUAAAUGAGUCGCUGCACAUCUGCAGUGAAAGCCAUGAAGAUCGCCGUUUGUACAUGCAAGAUAAGCCCCACAGUGCCUACGCUCAGCUGCCUGUGAUCUAUUUCGUAACCCCCACAUAUCCAAGACGGGAGCAAAUACCGGAGCUUACGCGGCUGGCACACACGCUCCUCCAUGUGCCUCGGAUUCACUGGCUGGUCGCCAAUGAUUAUGAGCGAUGUGAUACAUAUAUGGAUAUGUUGCUUAAUCGUAUUGGCAUACCGUUUACGCAUUUAUCCAGUCCCAUGCCCCAUAAGUUUCGGAGUACUAAGCCAGCGCCUAGGGGAGUUGCAAAUCGCCGUGCGGCACUGCAAUGGAUACGACAGCACAACCUCACGAAUGGUGUGCUUUAUUUCGGAGACGAUGACAAUACAUACGAUCUGAGACUGUUCUCGGAAAUCCGGCAGACACAGCGUGUCUCCAUGUUUCCUGUUGGACUGAUAGCGGACUACGCGGUCAGUGGACCGGUAGUGCGCGAUGGUAAAGUUGUGGCCUUUUUGGACUCUUGGGUAGCUGGUCGUCGAUGGCCCGUUGAUAUGGCAGGUUUUGCUGUUAACCUGGCUUAUAUGUCAUUAUACCCCAAUGUAAAUAUGCCCUACAAGCCAGGUUACGAGGAGGAUUUGUUCCUGCGCAGCAUUGGACUUCACAUUGAUCAGAUUGAGCCAAGGGGAAUGAAUUGCACCGAGGUACUUGUCUGGCAUACUCAGACCAAAAGCAAAAAGGCACCAAUAGUUCGCCUGGAGAAAAAAUUCCUGGAUGGACGAUCCAAUUUAGGUGCACUCUUUCGGUCGCUUAAGGCGAUGGGCGUGGCCAGCGUCUCAGAUACUGAGGGUCCUCUUGCAACCAUCAGCAAAAAUGGAAAGGGGAAGGCACAUUCAUAUUUCCUAAGCUGAGUUAUAAUCUUUUAACUGAACGUCUAAGAAUACUCAUUGACAUGGAUAACUUUUAUUUUUGUCCAAUGUAAGAUUGUUAGCAAAUUAACCUUAUAUCCCAAGUUUUAAAGACAUUGUGAAGUUUGCUUUCGUUUAACUUUAUUAUAAAAUUAUUUGUAGUUCAAACCUGCCUACACCUACUUCAGGUUCUCAUAUUUUAUAUUCAAGCAGAUAAACAAAAUUUAGCAAUAUUGUUAAUUAGUUUUAUUCAAAUGUUUGUAAUGUGAUAAGCACGCAUAAUUUCUAUCAAUAAAUUACCUAAAGACUAUAAAAUAAUGUAUCAUAAUUAAACAUUGAAAAGACAAACCACAAUAUAGUUAGUCAUUUUAUAUAUACGUGUAGGUUGUAAAAUGUAGCUUUAAAAGCUUCAAUGCGAAUUUUCUUUGCCAAGCAACAAACAUGCAAAAAAUCAUUUAAAAUUCUUAUUUAAUGAAGCCCAAUCUUAAGGCUAAUAUAUACUCUGUGUAAUCUGCGCCUCAGUUUAUUUUCAUAUCAGAACUAUACCCUAUUAUUGAGCGUAUAGUUAUAAUUAUAUAGCUGCUCAUUAUUGAAAACUUGUGGAUGGAGGCGGGUGUUAUAUGAUUGAUAGGAUAUAAUCAACAUUUAUUGAAUAUGAAUAAUGCGUUUACAACGAAUAUUAGUUUAAGCAAUAAUGAAUGUAUUUAGUGAAUGUCGCAAAACUUAGAAUUGCAUAUAGAGAGAAAUGUUUGGAAUAGUGUAAAAAGAAUCUUAAGAAAACUAUGUCGUCAGUAAUUCGAUUUUAAGAAAAAAAUUAAAGCUUUAUUUUUAAUAAACAAUAGUUGUCAUGGAAACAUUAAACUAUAACAGAUGUGGAAAAGGCACAAUGAUGUUGGACUAAAUCAGGGAACAUAGUGAACGAGUUUCAGUAAUGAGCAAAGCAAUUGCAAAGUAGUAUGAUCACGUUUAAAAAUAUAUACAUAUGUAUGCAAUAUGCUUAUAUAUUUUGGGGUUUAUUAACACCCUUCUAUUGAUAAACAAAUUCUACUAAUAUUGGGAAUAGCUUUUAAAUAAAUACAAAUAAAGUGCUAAUUUUAUA